AUGUCUGCGACUCCCGUGCCGCCUGAGGACCAGGCACGCCUCCUCGAGGAUGCUCUGGUCGCGGUGCGCCAGCAGACGGCUCUCAUGCGGAAAUGCCUAGACACUCCGGGCAAGCUGAUGGAUGCGCUCAAGUGCUGCUCUACUCUGGUUUCCGAAUUGCGUACGAGCAGCCUGGGUCCGAAGCAGUACUACGAGCUCUACAUGGCAGUCUUCGAUGCCUUGCGAUACCUCUCAGUCCACCUCCGCGAGAACCACCCCGUCAACCACCUGGCCGACCUGUACGAGCUCGUCCAAUACGCCGGCAACAUCAUCCCGCGCAUGUACCUCAUGAUCACCGUCGGCACUGCGUACAUGUCCAUCCCCGACGCACCGGUCAAGGAGCUGAUGAAGGAUAUGAUGGACAUGAGCAGAGGUGUACAACAUCCCAUCCGCGGUCUCUUCCUUCGCUACUAUCUGUCUGGCCAAGCCAGAGACUACCUACCUUUGGGAGAAGGCGAUGGGCCCGAGGGAAACCUGUCCGACUCGAUCAACUUCGUCCUCACCAAUUUCGUCGAGAUGAACAAGCUCUGGGUUCGUCUGCAGCACCAGGGCCAUUCCCGCGAACGCGAACAGCGGACAAGAGAAAGAAAAGAACUGCAGCUGCUGGUGGGAAGCAACAUUGUGCGACUCAGUCAGCUGGUGGACCUGGAGACAUACAAGUCUGGCAUCCUGGCCCCUCUCCUGGAGCAGGUUGUCCAGUGUCGCGAUGUCUUAGCCCAAGAGUAUCUCCUCGAGGUCAUCACACAGGUCUUCCCCGACGACUUCCACCUCCACACUCUCGACCAAUUCCUCGGCGCCGUGUCACGUCUCAACCCUCAUGUCAACGUCAAGGCAAUCGUCAUUGGCUUGAUGGACCGCCUCUCAGAUUAUGCCGAGCGUGAAUCCAAGGACGGCACGGAGGAUGACAGAGCCAAGGUGGAGGAAGAGGCGCUGGCGAAACUGCUCGAGAAGACAAGCCUCAAGAACGACACCCAAUCUGUCGCCGCUAGCACAGCGCUUCCAUCCGAAUCUGGCGACGAGCCCCGAAAGCUUGAGGAGCUCGACACGAAUGGCGCAGCCAAUCCCCAAACAAGCGAAAACGAGGCUCGAGCUGCCGAAGAUCUUCCACCACCGGAGCCGGCCCCGUCCGUCGCGGAUACCGAAGCUACAGCUGUCAACGGAGAAGGAGCAUCAGCAGAGAAGGGCAUCCCGGAUCAUGUUCAGCUCUACGAAAUCUUCUUCAGCCAAGUCAAGAACCUCGUCGAGGCACAGCAUUUGCCUGUUCAAGACACAAUAGCUCUGCUUUGUUCUCUGACAAAUCUGGCUCUCAACAUCUACCCCGGGAGGCUAGACUUUGUGAACCAGAUCCUCGAGUACGCAACACACAAAGUCAGGGAGAAUGCCAACAACGCCGACCUGCACUCUCCACAGGCGCAGCAGAGCCUUCUGGCCUUGCUUCAGGCUCCCCUCAACCGUUACCUUUCCAUCUUCACCGCUCUCUCCCUUCCCACUUACGUUCCUCUUUUCCAAUCACAGUCAUAUCCCACUCGCAGAGCCGUCGCUGGUGAGGUGGCUAGGACCCUGCUCCGCGACCAGACGAGGAUCUCGACUCCCAACCAGUUGGAGAAUGUUUUGGAGGUGUUGAAGGUGCUCAUUAAGGAGGGCUCCCAGCCACCAUCGAACUACCCAGGUGUCGCGCAGCGACGUAAUGUCGAGACCGACGAGACGAUGGAGGAGCAGGGCUGGCUGGCCAGAAUUGUCCAUCUCAUCGACGGCGAGGAUAACGACACGCAGUUCCGCCUGCUGCAGAUGACCCGGAAGGCCUACUCCGAAGGCAACGACAGAAUCCGCACAACGACGCCUCCGCUCAUCACAGCCUGCAUGAAGUUGGCGCGACGCUUCAAACUGCGCGAGCACUACGAGGACAACUGGGAGACCCAAAGCAAUGCACUGUUUAAGUUCAUGCAUUCUGCUCUGAGCACUCUCUACACCCGUGUCAACGGCGCCGGCGCGGCAGAGCUGGCCCUUCGCCUCUUCUGCGCUUCCGGCCAGACAGCCGACAUGACCGGCUUCGAAGAGGUCGCAUACGAGUUCUUCGCUCAGGCGUUUACGGUAUACGAGGAGGCCAUCACCGAUUCUAAGGCGCAGUUCCAGGCGGUUUGCGUCAUCGCCACAGCGUUGCACCAGACACGGAACUUUGGCAAGGAGAACUACGACACGCUCAUCACCAAGUGUGCUCAGCACGGCAGCAAGCUCCUGCGGAAGCCUGAUCAGUGCCGCGCGGUUUACCUGGCUAGUCACCUGUGGUGGGCUACUCCCAUGGCCGCCAACGGCGAAACAGACGAGACUGGCCUAUACCGAGACGGUAAGAGAGUCCUCGAAUGCCUCCAGAGGGCCCUCCGCGUCGCCGACUCCUGCAUGGAAACCGCCACCUCCAUUGAGCUCUUCGUCGAGAUCCUUGACCGAUACAUCUACUACUUUGACCAGCAAAACGAGUCGGUCACCACCAAAUACCUCAACGGUCUCAUCGAGCUCAUCCACUCCAACCUGGCCGGCAACCAGCAGGACUCGGCCUCCGUCGAGAACAGCAAGCGCCACUUCUACCACAUCCUCGAGAGCAUGAAGAGCCGGCAAUACGAGGGUCUCGUCCUUUACCCGAAAUGA